AUAAAACAACGUCCACAUCGCCACUUGCAUCAACAGUAUCCACCAUGCCCUCCUGCAGGAUCACAAACUGUACCUCCCACCCACUCAACAUCAGCCUCAAACAGGUCACCGCGCUCCACUUUGAGAAUGGCGUCCAGCCAGGCCAGACGAUCAAAUUCAAGCCUGGGAAAGUGUGGUUCACUGUGGAGGUAUGCGCUUCUAAAAGCAGAGUGAAGAUUUCAUGUUGACCAUCAUAAAGGCUGUGUUGGACGAUGGAACCAAGAAAAGCAGAUAUUCUGUGCUCAAAUCUGCUGCAACGAUCGCCAUCAUCUCAAUCGCUGUCGGGGCUGUGGCGGCUACAGCAGGGGCUGCUCUGCUACCAGAAGUCGCAGCUCUAGAGACCGUGGCUGCAGCAGGUGCUGUCGGGAGCUACAUCGCAAAAGGGGUGACGGCCACGAAGACUGCUCUAGUAGCCAAUUCUGGUACAGUGUCGAAGAUAUCUUCGAGUGCGCUGCCGAAGGCCAUCGAUAAGCUGUCUGGAGAAGUCGGCGGACUGACAGCAUUGCAACGAGAAGUUAUGUCUAUCGUUGCAUCCCCCACUCUCUCUUCGGAUGUCCGCCACAAAUCCACUGCUCUUCUCCGAAGAUUGCACAAAUCCUACUCUGACGACAGGGACAAGAGUGCUGCUGGCUCUUCCGAGAGCGGGGACCCUGCUAAACCCUCAGCUACCCUGGCACCCAUCACAGACGAGGAAGCAAAGCAGCUAGAAAAGGAGGUCGAGGAGGGUAAGCUUGACGAUAAGGUUGAGAACACACCUGUGAGGACGGGUGAAGUGCUGAGGGCGCAUGGAAUCUACAUGAAGGAGAGGAGGCACUUUGAGAUCAGGGUGGCGGAGCAGGGCAAGUUGUCGCUGUAUGACGUGGCUGAGAAAAAGUACAUCACAUGAGGUGCUGCGACAAUGUCGGUUCUGUAUUUGGCAGUUGCUGCUUUGUAGCCUACACAUAGAAACACGUUCCCAUGUAUGUUCUGUAGCGAGA